UGACGAGGGAGAAGACUAGAGGAGGGAGGAAGAUGGCGAUGGAUGAGCCGCCCAAGGGUUGGAAUCCCAACUAUGGCGUCGUCGGCAGCGGCGACCGGCGACUGGCCUUCUCCCGCCAGCUCUCCUCCUCCAUGCCUCGCCUCGCCCGCUCCGACUCUUCCAUCUCCAUGCCCCCCCCGUCCCUCGCCCCCACCGGAGCCAUCACCUUCCGCUGGCUCGCCACCCGCCCCAUGCGCCGCCUCGCCCUCCUCAUCGCUCUCAACGUCGCCUACUCCGCCACCGAGCUCGCCAUCGGCCUCCUCACUGCCCGCGUAGGCCUAGUCUCCGAUGCUUUCCAUCUCACCUUUGGUUGUGGAAUCCUCACUUUCUCCUUGUUUGCCAUGGCUGCCUCCAGAACCAAACCUGAUCACCUCUACACCUACGGCUAUAAAAGAUUGGAGGUCCUUGCUGCCUUUACAAAUGCCCUCUUCCUGCUCUUCCUGUCUUUCUCCUUGGCUGUUGAAGCACUACAUGCAUUUAUGCAAGAUGAGUCUGAGCAUAAGCAUUAUCUCAUUGUUUCUGCUGUCACAAACCUUUUGGUUAAUUUACUUGGUGUUUGGUUCUUUCGGAGCUAUGCUCGUGUUAACAUAGUUUACAGGAAAGCAGAGGAUAUGAAUUAUCACUCUGUAUGUUUGCAUGUUCUUGCCGAUUCAGUACGGAGUGCAGGCUUGAUACUAGCUUCCUGGUUUCUUUCAUUGGGGGUUGAAAAUGCGGAAGUGUUGUGCCUGGGAAUUGUUUCAGUGGCAGUGUUCAUGCUUGUUUUGCCACUCUUUAAGGCUACUGGUAAUAUCCUUCUGCAAAUUGCACCAGGCAAUGUGCCACCUUCAGCUCUUACCAAGUGCUUCAGACAGAUAACUGCGUGCGAGGAUGUUUCUGAAGUAUGUCAAGGUCGAUUUUGGGAGCUUGUACCUGGUCACGCUGUUGGAUCUCUCGACAUCCGGGUGAAGAAUGGUGGUGAUUGCCAGUCCGUGCUCGACUAUGUGCAUGGAUUAUAUCAAGAUUUGGGCAUACAGGACCUGACCAUCCAAACCGAUGAAUAAGGCAUCAUCUAGUGUAGAAAGGAGUCAUAGGGGAAAAAAGGAUAGAUCAAACUCUCGCAGUGUAUUGCUUGGGCGUGCUUAUUUGAUAGUACGGUAUAUCGCUUUGUACUCGACUGCUGCAGUUUGUACUCAGAUUUACUCAGUAGCUACUACAAUUUGUACUCACUUAAGCUCGUUUGCUAUGGCAUCAUGGUUGAAAUUCGUUGACGAUCUUCUCUCCACUCGUCUUUUAAGAUGCUGAGAAUUAUUGUUAUUAUUGAUAUUAAUAAAUAAUAAUGAGUGACCUA